GUAGUUGGUGAUUUAUUUACCCUUUUUUGGAAAGUAACUUUUUAGAAAUACUUUCCUUAAAUAUUUGUUGUUUUGUUUAUGUACAGCCCCAUUAGGGACUCUGCAGAAACUCAGAAUUGUAUCACAUACGAUGCAGUUAAUCAUGCUUACAUCGAGGCCAGAAAACGUAUCAAUGUUGCGAAACCGAAAUCGGAAGUAUGGCGACCGGAGGAUUUGGCGACGGUUGGCGAGCUGCUUCUUGAUAUUUCCACGAAUCUUGCACAAUCAUACGGAUUGACUUAUGAAGAGAUCGAAAAGAGCUUGCCGUUGAUCGACACCUCGAAAACGUUGAUUCGCGAGGUCUGUCCUGCCUUUCUUAGUAAUGUCGAAUGUAGACCAGGGAAAUACAGACGAUACGACGGCCUUUGCACUAAUUUACAGAAUCCGACUUGGGGUGCCACUUUAUCACCCUUUACAAGGUUGAUAAGCCCUCGAUUCGCGGAUAGCCUAACAGCGCCAAGGAUAUCUGUAACGGGUCAUAACCUACCACUAUCUCGAGUUGUAUCACGCACUAUGCAUCCCGAUGAGGGUUACCACGAUCACGCCGGUACAGUAAUGGUGAUUGCGUGGGGACAAUUCAUAGAUCAUGAUUAUACUCUGACUGCCACACCUCUAGAUCCCUUAAACCGCAACGAUCCAGAAGAGUGUUGCUCUCAGCCGUCACAUCUGAAGAAUCCUUACUGUAACGAAAUUCUCAUACCAGAGGACGAUUAUUUCUACAGGCUAUUUAACGUGCGCUGCAUGGAUUUCGUUCGCGCUUUUCCUGCUGUACGACCGUCUUGCCGUCUUGGUUCUCGAGUGCCUUUCAAUCUUCUUACAGGUGUACUGGAUGGUAACACGGUUUAUGGUAUUACGGAAACCUUUGCCAGAAAACUUCGAACGGGCUAUGGUGGAUUAUUGCGCAUGAAUCCAGUCUUUGCAGAGUACGGCCUUAAAGAUCUACUGCCACUGAAGUUGGAUAUACCUGACGAAGGAUGUACUCGGCCAAAUCGAUCAAUGUAUUGCUUCGAAGCUGGUGAGAUUCGUGUCAAUGAACAGUUGGUGCUUACCUGCAUGCAUACAUUGCUCGCACGAGAGCACAAUCGGCUUGCCAAAGCGUUAGCUGUCGUGAAUGCCCAUUGGGACGACGAAAUACUCUUUCAAGAAGCUAGACGUAUUGUCAUUGCGGAAAUCCAACAUAUCACUUACAAUGAGUUCCUCCCAAUAUUACUCGGCAAAGAUGUUAUGGAGAAAUUUGGACUACUCCUUGAGAAAGAGAAAUAUUGGGAUGGAUACGAUCCGAAUAUAAAUCCAGGUGUAAUAGACGCUUUCGCUGCUGCUGCUUUUCGAUUCGGUCAUUCGCUAUUACCUACGGCCGUGGAACGAUGGAGCAAGGCGCACAAAUUUAUUGCUUCAAAGAGAUUAUCAGAUUUAAUAAGACGUCCGUAUGAUCUAUAUCGUGCUGGUGUAUUUGAUGAAUACUUUAUGGGUUUGAUGAAUCAGGUCGCACAGGCUAUGGAUGAUUCCAUAACGCAGGAGGUAACAAAUCAUUUAUUCAAGAAAGUGGGAGCAAAAUUCGGAAUGGAUUUAGUAUCCUUUAAUAUGCAGCGUGGUCGCGAAUUUGGUAUUCCAAGUUAUAUGGAAUUCAGAAAAUAUUGCGGCCUUCCCGAAGCAAACACCUUUGAAGAAUUAUUUGGUUCCAUGCCGAACGAAACCGUUAGACGAUACAGUACUAUUUUUGAGCAUCCUGCGGAUGUCGAUUUAUGGUCAGGCGGCGUAUCCGAAAGACCACUACCAGGUAGUAUGCUCGGACCAACGUUCGCCUGCUUGAUCGCCACGCAGUUUAGCCAUUCACGUCGCGGUGACAGAUUCUGGUACGAACUUCCGAACCAGCCGUCAUCGUUUACUCUCGAACAAUUAAAUGAGAUUCGAAAAACGAAGCUUGCCAGAAUGAUAUGUGACAAUACCGAUCUUAUUGAUACGAUACAGAUUUACCCCAUGGUUCUUCCGGAUCACGAAAUAAAUCCUCGAGUCCCGUGUCGGAAUGGUAUUUUACCUGGGAUUGAUUUAUCAAAAUGGGCCGAAUAUCCGGCAACGAGUCAUGUUGCACAAUACGUGAGUAAUCUAGCCGAUCAGUACGGGCAGUUGGGGAAAUGAGAAAGAGUUACUGUAUUUCUUUCAUUACUCUGGAAAGAAAAAGAGCUUAAACGAACAUCAAUUAUUCAACUGAGUUUCAACAAGUAAUCGAAACUGAGUUAUGAGAAAGCUGAGUAACCUUUAGGUAACCCCCUAAAAUAUCUCUUAUGUACGUUCAUUUUACUCUAUUUUUUUAAGUAAGAGGUUGAAUAUACACAGUGCUGGACAAAAUAAAUCAUACACCUUUGAAAAAAUUGAAUUUGUUAGUGUAAUCAUUUUUUUAACAAGCAAAUAGAUUAGUAGAUACAGGAAAAUCAAAGUAUUUCGAAGUAAAGAAAAUACGAAAUAAUAAAAACUGUGCUCAAUUUGUUUCUAAAAAUUUAGUAUUCAAUAUUGUUACAUUGUGCCUUGAACAAAAUAAAUCAUAUAUUUUAGAAGUAAUAGUUAACAAACAAAUAACGUUAACUAUGCUUAGUACUUGGUGUGACCGCCUUCAAGCUUUUCAGCUUUUACUGCCACUUCUAAUCGGCGAGAUAUAUUCUCGACUAAGUUUUUCAUAUAUUCGAUCACUUUCCUCCCAGGCCUUCUGGAGUACGAUCUUUUGUCAGUUACGUUCAUUUUAUCCACGUUUAAAUGAGCUUACAUUUUUCAAUAGGGUUUAAAUCUAGUAAUUGUGGCGGCCAUUCGAACAGUUUACUUUAUUGGAUUUGAAAAAAGCAGUUUUCUUUGCCUUAUGCUUUGGAUCAUUAUCUUGCUGGAAGGUAAAGUUAUUUUCUAAACCCAAUUUCAAAAGAGAUUCUUCCAAAUUCUCGCACAAUAUAUCGAUAUGUCCUUCAACUGUUUGCCUUCAAGUCGAGCCAAAUUACUGAUACCAGACCAUAUAAAGUACUCUCAUACCAUGAUAUUACCACCUCUAUGGUUUACAGUCUUCUGAAUAUUUACUUCUUUGAGAAUCUCACUAAGCUUUCGCGGUGUAAGAAAAUAAGGUGAUGUAACGGGCCUUCCUUGGUUCUGAUUUUAGUGAGGUACUUCAUAAUUUUCCGCUAGAGGUACUGGCAGUCUAGUUUGGCAGUCUAAGGUCUCUACAAGUCGCUGCACCAAUUCACACAUGCUUGUGUGCCUAUUACACAUACCAUUGCAAUGCUUUAUAUUGGUGUGAGCUUCGAACUGUCAGCGCUAUGUGCGGUCGCUGUGCGAAGCACUCUGCUAACAUCACACGAUUCUUACGCGAAAAAGUACUUCGUUAUAUCACCUUCCUUUCUUACACCGUGCUUUCGCUACAUUCUAAACCGCCAUUUUUGUCCGAAUAACUCAAACUUGCUUUCAUCAGACCACAAUACUUCUUUCCAAAAGAGGCAUUUUCGCGUUCUUGACUCGAAUUGCUUUUCCUUAUUUAUUUUGUUGAUAAAAGAACGCUUUGAAGCAAACACGCUUUUUAAUCCAGAUUCCCUCAGCCUGCGACGCACAGUGCGACUGCUGACAGUCAAGUUCAUCGAUUCCACAAUGUUUUGUGAUGUUAGGUUCGGAUUUUGUUUUACCAUUCGAAUGAUUCUAGUAUCAUCAUGAAAAGUUGUAGCUCGCUUUCGAUCUUUUCCGGAAUAGUUUGCCAUAGUCCCAUGUGUCUCAUAUUUUUUUCAGAUGUGCUGCACUGCUCCAACAGAGAUUGAGUAUUUAUUAGCAACUAUCCUAAAAGAUUCAUUAUUGUUGGUCGCGAUGACUAAAUUGCGGAUAUCAAGAGAAAUGUGCUUCCGUGACAUUAGUCUUACUCACAGUUACUACUAAUUCCGAACACGUAAAUUUUAGAUGCAAUGUAAACAAACAGUAGAAUGAUGAAUAAUAGCAGACAAAAUGUAAAUAUUGACAGUUUCCUACAUUGUAUUAUGUAAGUGAAUGAUUUAUUUUGUCCAGGACAAUAUGUAACAAUAUUAAAUAAUAAACUUUUUCCAAAAAGUUGAGCAUAAUUUUUAUUACUUCAUAUUUUCUUUACUUAAAUACUUUGAAAUGUUUUGAUUUUCCUGUAUCUAAUAAUCUAUUUGCUUGUUAAAAAAAUGGUUUAACACUGAUAAAUUCAAUUUUUUGAAAGGUGUAUGAUUUAAUUUGUUCAGCAUUGUAAUAAGUUCGAGGAGUGAAAAUUAAAUUACACAUGAUACAAUGGAACAUAAAGUUGACCAACGUUUUCCGUAAUUAUGAUCCAUCAUUCUGAGCAAUUCGUAUUUUCAUAAACCAUUUUAAUUUAGAUGGUGAAAGUGAUACUUUUGACCAUAAUAAUUCAUAUAUUAUACUUCAAUUUUACCGUUACUUGUUAAAACUCAGUUGAAUAAUUGAUGUUUGUUUAAGUAAUUCUACCAUUACGAUAUCAAUUACUAUUACAAUAGCAAAUUCGGACUUAAUUUGGAUAUAAUAAGAUAUCAAUACAUCGAUUAGUUAAAGAUAUAUCAACUUAAAAACUUAGAAUAAAACAAAACCCAACUUUUAAUUAAGAAUAUUAGGAGUCAUGUAUCAUAUUUUGUGCGACAGAUAACAUUAUUUAUAAAACUACGAAAAUUACGAAAAUCUCACAGAUCAUCAUUAUACUACUCAAAAAGCUUAGAUGUUCAGUGUUUAUUUAUGUGUUAUUUUAUGUAUUACAUUUUAUUCUCUACUACUUUAUCAGCACCGAUCCUUUCGUUUAUUUGUAUAUGAGAACUAUUUAUAAUUAUGUAAUGUCACAAUUUUAAUACUGUGUUUGAUUGUAUAAUUUUAGGCAAUUAAAGCUUCCUUCACAAACUUCAAAA